UUUUGGCAUUCUGUUUUUAUUUAUUUUUCUCUAAAUUUCUAAUUCUUGUUAUCUUUUUUUCUCUGACCGUCUGCUGUUCUCUUUAUUUUUCUUUAUAUUUCGUCGGUUUUUUAAUAAUUCUUUAAAAUUUUUCUAUUUUUCAAAUUUUUAAUUUUCUUCCUUUAGAAUGCCUAAGAGGAACAAAUUUCAACAAAAUAAAAUAAAAACUGAAGAGAAAAAUGAGGAGGAAAAGAAGGAUCAACAAAAGAAAUCGUUUAAAUUACCUCCUGGAAAAGACGAAAAAUGGUGGGAUAUAAGCACUUUUGGACCUGAAGACAAUCCACAUGGGAUGGUUUGUGAAUCUUCUUUUGCAACUCUAUUUCCGAGAUAUCGAGAAAAAUAUAUUAGAGAGGUUUGGCCCCUUGUCUCAAAACUUCUGUCUGAACACCAACUUAAAGGCGAUUUGGAUUUAUUAGAAGGCACAAUGAUUGUUAAAACAACACGUAAAACUUGGGAUCCUUUUGUUUUGUAUAAAGCUAGAGAUUUGAUUAAAUUACUUGCUAGAAGUGUUCCUUUUGAACAGGCUCGCCGUGUACUCGAAGACCAAAUAUUUUGUGACAUUAUUAAAAUUUCCUCAAUGGUUCAAAACCGUGAAAGAUUUGUAAAGCGUAGAGCCCGUUUAGUUGGCCAGAACGGGGCAACACUUAAAGCUAUAGAAUUGUUAACUGAAUGUUAUGUUCAAAUACAGGGAGGAACAGUUUCCACAAUAGGCACCCAUUUUGGACUUAAACAAGUCAGAAAUAUAGUCCAAGAUUGUAUGAAUAAUAUUCACCCAAUUUACCAUAUAAAAACUUUAAUGAUUAAAAAAGAAUUGAUGAAAGAUGAAAAAUUGAAGAAUGAAAGUUGGGACAGAUUUUUGCCGAAAUUUAAGAAAAAGGUUCAUCAAACCUCCAAAGAAGUCCGUUUAGCAAAGAAAACCAAAAAAGCAAAAUGGAACAAAAAAUCGGAAUAUACCCCAUUCCCCCCACCACAACAGCCACGUAAAAUAGAUAUACAAAUGGAGACUGGAGAAUAUUUUUUGAAUGAAAAAAUAAAAGAAAAGAAAAAAAUUUUGGAAAAAGAAGAAAAAGAAAUUGAAAAAAGAAAAAUAAAAAAAGAAGAAAAAUUGAAAGAAUUUAUACCUCCUAAAGAAGAAAAUGUUAAAAUUAAAAAUAAAGUUAAAAAUGAAGAGGAAGGAAAGGAGGAAUUAAUUGAGAGGGUUAAAAUGAAGGCGAAAAAGAGAAGGGAAUUAAUGGAGGAAAUGAUGGAAAGUUGA